AUGAGGAUAUUCAUCUCCACUGACAAUCACCUCGGACAUGCUGAAGACAACGAGAUGCGGCAAGACGACAGCUUCUUGGCCAUGGAAGAAGUAUUCCAGCGAGCUACUGGAUGCGAGGCUGAUUUUUUGCUGCUUGGUGGAGACUUGUUUGACAAAAAUAAACCAUCGAGGAACACUAUGGUGAAGAGCGUGAAGAUGUUCAAAAAAUAUUGUCUUGGAGAAAGGCCAGUCGCUUUGCAACCAUUAGCAUUGGAUUCGAUAGGAGACAAGCAUCAUGGUGGCUUUGUGAAUUAUGAGGACCCUUGCAUGAAUGUAUCAUUACCGGUGUUUAUCAUACACGGCAAUCACGACGAUCCGGCUGGCAAAGGCAGUUAUUCUGCGUUGGACGUUCUGUGGAAUGCUGGGCUGGUCAAUUACUUUGGCAAGCAGGUA